UAUCAGCCAAUCAGCGUCCUCCUGGACUCCGCGGCGGAAAUUAACAACCAAUAGUAAAGCCACAAAGCUGCCGCCGACGUUCACAGCGCAUCCAAUCAGCUCUUUGUCAGAGUCCUCUUUACGGAAAAGCGACCAAUCAGACGCCUGUCUGGACCCCACGGCGUGAGCUGCCGGCCAAUGAGCUGUCUGUCGGGAUGCACCCAGGGAGCGAUCGUCUGCUAGGCCCAAUCAUCGCCUCAGUGCCGCCUGCCGGUGCCGGGGACUGGUGGUAAAGGAUUCGCAGCAGCGCGCGAGGACCGGACCGUGAACCCGGAGACGGUACACACUGAGGCGAAAGCAAAGACACAGGAUGGAGCAGAUGUCAGAGGAGGCGUUGAGGCUAAACCUGCUAAAACGAGGCCUGGAGUCGCCCAGCGAACGAGAGGAGGCGCUAGCUAAGCGCCUGAAAAUGGAGGGCCACGAAGCCAUGGAGCGUCUGAAGAUGCUAGCGCUGCUGAAACGCAAAGAUCUCGCCGACUUGGCCGCCCUAGAAGUGGCCGGUCCUCUGGGAGACGGGAAGGGCCCCGGCGCUAGCACGCUCCACCACCAGAGCUUGAUGGGCGCCGCUUACGAGGAGAAGCUCAACGGGAGUCUGAGACUGGGAGGACACGGGGGCCACGUCGGACCGAGUAAGAAUGGGAAGGAGAACAUGCUGGAUGAGCCGGUGGAUAUGAGCGCUGGGCGGAGAUGCGACACGGACCACGACAGGAGAACUCCUUCCCCGGACGUCAUCAUCCUAUCGGACAACGAAGCAUCCAGUCCCAGAACAACGCCUCGCCCGGAAGAGCGUCUGAGCCACGCAAACCUGGAGAUGUUCAGGGGCAAGACGGGCGAGGAGAGGCAGCAGAUGAUCAAAGCCCUGAGAGAGGAGCUGCGUUUGGAGGAGGCUCGCCUCGUGCUGCUGAAGAAGCUCCGUCAGAGUCAGAUGCAGAAGGAGAACGUGGUGCAGAAGGUACCGGUGGUCCAGAACGCCGCCACGUCCGGCCAGCCUCCUUCCAUGCACGGCUCCCCUGGCUUGGGCAAACUUCCGGUACGACCAGGCCUCCACAAUCCGGAACCGCAGAACCUCCGCACUGCACAGGGUCACACGGUCAUCCGAUCAGGAGCCAACGCCAAUCUGCCGCCAAUGCUCAUGUCACAGCGGGUGAUAGCGCCCAACCCCGCCCAGCUGCAAGGCCAGAGGCUCUCCUCCAAGCCCGGAAUGGCUCGCUCCAGCAGCAUGGGCAACGCCGUCAGCUACCAGCAGGCCAGCCAGCAGGUGGCGGCGUCGCGCUCGGGCUCCAGCGCCAUGUACAUGAACCUGGCGCACAUGCAAGCGGCGGCGGGGGCCAGCGGGGUGGCGGGCGGCCUGGGCGGAGCCUCGGCCGUCAGUCCGUCCACCUUGUCCGGCUCGGCCAGCGGAGGCGUGAACUCCAUGGCCGACCAGGCCAGCAGCCAGGCCGCCGCAAAGCUGGCCCUGAGGAAGCAGCUGGAGAAAACGCUGUUGGAGAUCCCGCCGCCGAAACCCCCCGCCCCGCUUCUUCACUUCCUGCCUUCGGCCGCCAACAGCGAGUUCAUCUACAUGGUGGGCCUGGAGGAGGUGGUGCAGAGCGUCCUGGACAGUCAGGGUAAACUCCGGGGGACGCUUUCCCGUAUGGAGCCCUUCUUCUGCGCUCAGUGUCGAACUGACUUCACCCCCCACUGGAAGCAGGAGAAGAGCGGACGGAUUCUCUGUGAGCAGUGCAUGAUGUCCAACCAGAAGAAGGCUCUGAAGGCAGAGCACACCAACAGGCUGAAGAACGCCUUCGUGAAGGCCCUGCAGCAGGAGCAGGAGAUCGAACAGAGACUGCAGCAGGCGGCCCUCUCGCCCAGCUCCGCCCCGAGCGGCCCCAACGCCUCCAAGACCGACUCCCUGAUUCGACAUCACGCUCUGCGCCAGACUCCCCAGCCUCAGGCCUCCCUGCAAAGGGGUCUGUCCAACUCGGCGCGGGGCGUCCUGUCCAACUUCGCCCAGGCUUCCCAGCUGUCGGUGGCCAGCAGCCUGAUGGGAAUGAGCAGUGGGAAGCACUGCGGGAGCGCCGGAGGCAACAGCGGAAGCGGCAACAGGCUGCAGCACGACAGCCGUCGGCAGAUCUACAACAUCCCAGGGUUAAACAUCGCCUAUCUGAACCCCGCCGCCGUGGGCGCCCACAAGAACUCCAGCUUAGCGGACCGCCAGAGAGAGUACCUGUUGGACAUGAUCCCACCUCGAUCCAUAUCGCAGUCCAUCACCGGACAGAAAUGAGCCCGACGGCCGACCCCCACCUCCGCCCCCCCGUCAGAGGACGCCUGGCCUUCGCCUCGCCGCGGGCCCUUAUCGUCCUACCCCACGCUGAAGCACUCCGACGUCGGCCAAUAUAGCCCCUCCCCCCCACGCCCCGUGCCCCCCAGGCCCCACCCAUCGCAUGCAGUGCCUGUCCAUGUGCCUACCUUCAAACCGAACCCAUGGAAAAGCCGCCAGGUCACGCAAAGACAAUAAAAUGUCAGCGCAUUUCAAAUUUUAGCCACAUAGUGAAAUUCUUCUUCCCAUUAUUAGCACUAUUAUUAUUAUUAUUAUUAUUAUUAUUAACGCUUUCUUUUUGCUUCCAUUACUAUUACUCAUUAUGCUUUUUAUUUUGACGCGUAUUCUUUUGAUCUGUCAUUCCUUAAUGGAGGAAAAUGGCGGUGAAUCAUUUUUAGGGUCACUUUAGACCUUUUUUUUUUUUUUUGUAUGAAGCUUGGAUUGGAGUCACGCUAGUAACAGAAGAUCAGCAGGGUGCAUUCUGGUUACUAUGCAACUUGAAAGCUUUGUAUUCAACGCCAUAGGAACGUUUUCCAGGUGGAGAAUCCGGGAAGUCCGGGUCAUGUCCAGUUGCUCUUCUAAAAAAAAAAAAUAAAAAAUGGAUGAAGAUGUUUGUAAAAGAGUCGAGGUUCUGAAGACCUUGAAGAUCACCUCACACGGAGAAUAUUCUAUUCCAUCCCCCUCUGCCAGCAUCGCCGCUCAUCAACUGGAAAUGACUUUAGCACCGCCCACUUGGCUCCAGAUUCCCAUUUUCCCUGCCGUUAAUGGAUGUACACACGGGACGGCUCCGGGGGGCCUGUCAGGAUUUGGGGAUCUUUCUUUGCAAGCCACGAACUUGUCCCUGCCCCCCCCCCCCGGAUUCAGAGCGAGGAAGACGACCGACGCCCCAACCUACCCGCUUCCAUCUUCCCAACCACACCGCCCUUAAACUACCUUUGGUUAUGCAGAGACCGGAUGCUUCCCACCCAGCACCAAACCUUCCCUGCAAAAAAAAACGGAACUCCGGAAAGGUGGAAGCACAUUUUUUUUGUGCAGACGAACACAUAAACUUUGAACUCUGGAUCAUUUUGCUUACGUUUGGAUUUAGAUUUUCCGAUUCUUAGCCGCCACCCCCCCCCCCCCCCCCCACCCCCACCCUACCCCCACCUCUGAAAUACUCCUUUUUCCUAUUUUUUUUUUUUUUUUUUUUGGGACUUUUUUUGCGGCGUCUCUUCUUGAAAUGUUGGCGUACCUGAGAGGUAUUAGCCUUCUGGAGACGAUAAUAAUCAAGAAAGCUAAAAACAAAAAAAACAAACUAUUGAGAAUCUGUAUGGAUUAUGUAUAGAUACCUAGCGUCAGAGGCGGGAAAAACAAAGGAUGUGGAUUAUAUCUUUUAUGGGAGAGACAUGGAUCAAUCAUUGUGUGCAUGAUCUGCGCACAAGUUGCCUCACUCCAGAGGAGCACUUUGCAUAUUUCCAAUUGGAAAAAAAACAAAUCUUUUUUUUUUGUUUUUUUUUUUUAAAGAGGAAAAGAAUGUUACAAUAAGAGUCUCUUAAGGUCUGGAAGCUGGCUGAUGGCCGAUUAGAGAGUCCCAGGUUGUCCCAGGUUGUCCCAGGUUGUAUGGUUUACUUCUUCAUGUGCUUUUGUGGUUUUUCACCUCUCAAUGUUGGACCUCAUGUUGCAUGUCGCUGCUGAUGGAGAAGCAGGAGGACGCUCACAAACCUCCCAAGUUUACACUCCUGGUCUUUGGACCAAAGCUGAUUUUCAAGAUGGAUUCUGGCUGGUGAGAAUCCAGUUACUUCCCCCGUUUUCCACUGCACGGUGUCCUGGAUCCAGACACGUUGAAAACAAACGAUGGUGGGCAGCCGUCCAUCCUUUUUGUCACACUGAUUGGUUGGUCGGUGGGGGCGGCAUCCGAAGUCAAGAAACCCAGACUUCCUUCCACCCGGCGACUCGCUUGGCCGAUACUGGCGAGUUCCCGGGGCCGGUACUGGUGAGUUGCCGGGGCCGGUGCUGGUGAGUUCCAGGGGCCGGUGCUGGUGAGUUCCAGGGGCCGGUGCUGGUGACUUCCCGGUGCUGGCGAGUUCCCGGGGGCCGGUGCUGGCGAGUUCCCGGGGGCCGGUGCUGGCGAGUUCCCGGGGGCCGGUGCUGGCGAGUUCCCGGGGGCCGGUGCUUGGGUGACUUCCCGGGGGCCGGUGCUUGGGUGACUUCCCGGGGGCCGGUGCUUGGGUGACUUCCCGGGGGCCGGUGCUUGGGUGACUUCCCGGGGGCCGGUGCUUGGGUGACUUCCCGGGGGCCGGUGCUUGGGUGACUUCCCGGGGGCCGGUGCUUGGGUGACUUCCCGGGGGCCGGUGCUUGGGUGACUUCCCGGGGGCCGGUGCUUGGGUGACUUCCCGGGGGCCGGUGCUUGGGUGACUUCCCGGGGGCCGGUGCUUGGGUGACUUCCCGGGCCAGCUGAGAGAUCUAGUGUCUCCAAUCUGUCCUGGGUCUUCCCCAAGGUCCUGGGUCUUCCCUACCGGGAUUGGACGUGUCCUGAACACCUCCCCAGGGAGGUAUCCGGGAGGCAUGCUGACCAGAUGCCCAUAGGUGGGGGUCGUAACGUAAAUCGAACAGUAAGUUGACACCCUGCAGUGGAAAAUGGGGGGGGGUACCUGGCCAUGUUAUAUACUGUACUGGUAUACUGGAGUCGCUGGGGAUGUCUUUUUAUAUAAGUUCAUUUAACAGUGUUCAAGUCCGACCCCUUACACACCCAUACAGCCCAACUAAGCUGAGCUUGCACCCCCCCCCCUACACGCUUGGUAGAGCAGUUUUUGAAUGAUAUGCUGUUCUUUUUCUUCUUCUACUUUGGACAUAACAUAAACAAAUUUAGACUGAAUCAGCAGCGCCUCUGCUGGUGGCAGCCAAGUAUUGCGCUCUAUUAUUUUGCCUCUGUUGCCAUACAUUAAGUCAUUUUGCCCGGUCUUGUACACAGAAGGUUAGCAUAGCAUAGCAUAGCAUGUGUUACGCUGUAGUGCUUAACAAAGAACAUACACACGUAUGACAUAGUAAGAUCUUUAGCCAAAAGGAAAAGCAUUUUGUUCAUUUUGGAAAAAUGUCCAGAAAAACUACAAAGAUUUUUGUUUCCAUGGCAACUUACUAACACUAUACUAUUUUGAAGUUAAAUAAUUUUUUGAAAGGUUUAAGGCAGUUCUGUUAAGCACUGUAGCGUAUUGAUAUCAAAGCGGCACCCGUAUCGCUCCAUUUUCCUGUAUGUGUUGUACACCCUAGCAUCGCAAUAUAAUAAUAAUAAUAAUAAUAAUAAUCAUACUAUUCCAGCAUGUGUACCUGUUUGUGGCGGCACAUACAGCGAGUGUUUCUCCACGCAGACGAGGGGGGGUGAUGAUGAUGACGACGACGACGAUGAUGAUGAUGAUGAUGAUGAUGCUUGAACAAUCCAGGCCGUGACUGGGUCACAGCGUUCCAGCCAGUUGGAAGUCUGAAACUACCUAAAAAAUAAAAAAAAUAAAAAGGUGUCAAGUUGAAACUUGGACAUCUGUUUUCUGCUGCGUCUUAAGUGGAACACUUGCGUCAGUGCACUUCAGUAAGUACACUGUGUACUUACUUGUUAAGUUUUGACAGCGGCGAGCGUUACGUCCUUACCAACGAUGACGAUGGCAAUAUUUACGUCUUUCUCCCUUUUAAUGCUGAAUUGCAACCACUUGAUUUAGCCCCUCCCCUUCCGUUACGUAGCCACUUAAGCAUGAAAAGACUAAGUACGCACAUGUACAAUUUUGCAAGGAAAAGUAUGCAAUGUGCACUUAUGCACUCAAUAGACUACAAGUGUUAUGUUAAGUAUGUUAGUGUGCAUUUAUGCACUCAAAAAGACUAAAGUGUAAGAACGGCAGUUUCCACUUAUGAACUGAAAAGACUAUAAGUAUUCAAGUACACAAACUAAGUACACAAGUGUGCACUUAUGCACUCAAAAAACAAAGUGUAAGUAUUCCAGUCUGCACUUAUGCACUCAUAAGACUAAGUGUAUAUACGGCAGAGUACACUUAUGCACUUAGAAGGCUAGACAUAAAUAUGUCUCUGUGCACUAACUCAAAAGUACACAAUAGUGCACUGAAAAACUAAUUACGCCAAUGUCCACUUAUGGACUAAAGUACGCAUGUGUGAAAUUAUGCACUUAAAAAAAUAAAUAAAUGUAAGUAGCCCAGUAUGCACUUCAGCACUCACAAGACUAAGUGUAAGUACGCCAGUGUGCGCUUAUACACUCAAAAGACUAAGUGUAAGUAUACAAGUGUGCACUUAAGCCCCCAAAAGACUAAGCGUAAGUAGUCCAGUAUGCACUUCGGCACUCACAAGACCCAGUGUAAGUACACAUGUGUGCCAAGUAGGCCAGUAUGCACUUAUGCCCCCAAAAGACUAAGCGUAAGUAGUCUAGUAUGCGCUUGUGCACCCAAAAGACUAAGCGUAAGUAGUCUAGUAUGCACUUGUGCACCCAAAAGACUAAGCAUUAGUAGUCUAGUAUGCACUUAUGCCCCCUAAAGAAUAAGCGUAAGUAGUCUAGUAUGCACUUGUGCACCCAAAAGACUAAGCAUUAGUAGUCUAGUAUGCACUUGUUAACCCAAAAGACUAAGCAUUAGUAGUCUAGCAUGUACUUGUGCACCCAAAAGACUUAAGUUUAAGUAGUCCAGCAUGCACUUGUGCACUAAUAAGACUAAGUGCAAGUACGCCAGUGCACCAAUUAAGACGCAGCCUUAGUUUGUUUGUAGAAAGUCAAUCAGAUGUCCCUUUAUCCAAGCAGUCGGGUGUAUUUUUUGUGUUUUUUUUUUUUUUUGGAAUGUUUUACUCCCACUCAGCAGUUUUCCAGCCUCGGUGAAGUGAAACGAAAGAAAGAAGAAAAAAAAAAGCUCCUGUCUGUUUCUCUGGCUCUUUUCCUCCACAGACUUUUCUCUUUGGACUUUUAUUUGCUCUUUUCCUUUCUGAUGCAGUUUGCAGGAAAGACGUAUUAAGUGAGCUAAAGGACGGGAUGUUUGCUAGGACUUGUACAUAAGCAUUUUCCUCCCUUGUACUGAAAAAAGAACUUCAAUGGUUGUAUAUUGUGUAGAAAAGCAAACAAAAAGCCAUGAAUAUUGUGAAGCUUGUCAUUUCGUUUUGUGAUCACUGUGUAUUAUUGUGUAACAAAUGUGCAAAACGUUUGGGAUUCUUUUUUUUUUUUUUUUGGCAUUCUUCCGGUAGAGGAUGCUUUGGGUUGGUGCACUUAAGUGUGCGCUGCUUCAGACGGACGGGGUCUGCAUGUGUUUACAUUGGAUUAUCUGGGAGUGACUUAGUUUGCAACUAACUGUUUAGUUCCGAGUAUUGUAGUAUUGUCAAGUAUGGAAGGCAAUGACAACAGUGGUGUCCAAAGUGCGGCCCCGGGGCCUUUUUUUUUUUUUAUUGAUCUGCAUCUUAUUGUAAAAAUACAAUGACAAAAAGAGCAAGUUUCGAGUUUCACUGACUCACGGGUACGCGACAAAGACUCAAGUUUAAUUGACUCAUGGGCUGAUGACGAUAUUUGAGUUUGAUUUUGUACGACUCAUGGGUUGACGAACACUUGAGUUCCACCGAUUAACGGGUGUGCGACAAAGACUCGAGUUUCACCGAUUCACGGGUGUGCGACAAAGACUCGAGUUUCACAGACUCACGUGAGCGCGGCACAGAAUCACGUUUCACUGACUCACGGAUAUGACGACGACUCGAGUUUCACUGACUCGCGGGUGCUUGACGAAGACUCAAGCUUCACUGACUCACGGAUAUGACGACGACUCGAGUUUCACUGACUCACGGGUGCUUGACGAAGACUCAAGCUUCAUUGACUCAAGGAUUGAUGAACACUCGAGUAUCACUGAUUCACGGGUGUGCGACAAAGACUCGAGUUUGACAGACUCACGUUAGCUCGACACAGAAUCACGUUUCACUGACUCACGGAUAUGACGACGACUCGAGUUUCACUGACUCACGGGUGCUUGACGAAGACUCAAGCUUCAAUGAUUCAAGGAUUGAUGAACACUCGUAUCACUGAUUCACGGGUGUGCGACAAAGACUCGAGUUUCACAGACUCACAAGUGCGACACAGAAUCACAUUUCACUGACUCACGGAUUGACGACGACUCGAGUUUCACUGACUCACGGGUGCUUGACGAAGACUUCGAAGUUUUGCAGACAACAAAGACGACUCAAGGAUUGAUGAACACUCAAGUAUCACUGAUUCACGAGUAUGCGACAAAGACUCAGGUUUCACUGACUCACGUUUCUCUGACUCACUGAUUGACAAACACUCGUUCCACUGACUCACAGGUCCAUAACAAAGACUCGGGUUUCAGUGACUCACCGGUUGACGAACACUUGAGCGCCAUUGGUUCAGAGGCUGACGAAGAUUCGGGUUUGAGUUCAUGUGUGUCGUGCCAGGAACCGGAGUACCCUGAAACAGGAAAGAGGAUUCAGAUUGACGAACAUGAUGACUUUAUGAGCCACAUGUUUAUGUUCUUCACGUUUGCGUUGAUAAAAGACGCCAAAACCAAACUAAUAUCCUGUACAUCAGGCCGAUACUAAAAUCGCGAUACUACCAUUAUGAAUUUUUGUAGUUUACAAUAAAAGUCACAAACGGCCCCCAGGCCGCACUUUGGACACCAUUGCUUGACAAGAACUUGAUUUUGGAUGUUACUGAUGAUAAUGAUGAUGACGACAACAGAAGCGGUUCCUGUGAUGGAGCUGAAAGCAACGCACACUUUUCCCGCCAACACCGGCGUCCUCUGCUGUGAUUGGCUCUUUCUCUCCUUUUUGGCAAAUGACGAAACGGAGCGGAGAUGAAUCGACAUCCUUUUUUUGUGUGUGUUGUUUGUUUGCUUUCAUCAAUCCUGACCUUUUGCACAUACUUGAUAUUUAACGGUCUUCAAAAAAAAAACAAAAAAAAAAAGUCAAUGAAAAUAAUGCUGUUUGAAUACUGCCAGUUGAUUGACAAUUAUGCAUUGAUUGAAAAAAAUAAGCUAAUUUUGGAGGAAAUAACUUUGUAAUAUUUAUCUUGCAAGCUAUGUUUAAUAAAGGUUGAAACAAUUUGCUUCCAAGUGUGACUUCUGGUACCCAAAAACAUUUUUAGCACUUUUAUUCUCUUAACCUGUUGAAAGAAUGUUGUCUUUUAGUACGUCAUCACUUCCUGUUUCAGGCUGACAACGUUCCCAUUGAAAAUGAUUGGAAAAUAUCGACUACUUCCAGCAUUCCAACCUCAUUCACAGCAUCAAAACAUUCCGUAUAACUAUUUUCCACAGCCCAGAAAUUCCCGCUUUUCCCUCUAAUAAUGUUAAAAUAGGUUUUCUUAUCUGAAUAUAGCUUUUAACAUUA